AAGAUGGAGCGAGAAACAGAUUAAACGAGGGCAAAAGAGUAAAAUUAGGAGAGUUUGCAUCGACUUCGGUGUCUGUUAUCUCCUUUGGUCGCAGCUCGAUCGAAUCGGACACAACAAACUUUAUAUAGAGAGAGAGAGAGAGAGAGAGAGAGAGAGAGAGGAACACAUGAUCUCUCACACUCUCUCACACACGCACAACAACAAACCCUGAUUUGAAUCCAGUGCUCUCUCCCUAUGUUUAUAAACCCUAACCAAAUCCUGCUCAUUCUCAUUCCACAGACUAGUUCACGUGUCUUCUGCUCUCAUCAACGCAACCAUGCCUCGUCAAGCUGUUUCGCCGCCACUGCCGCACCCUCGCCCUAUGGACCCAAAAAUAUGGCGAGCAUGCGCCGGUGCCUCCGUUCAAAUUCCCACGCUCCAUUCUAGGGUUUACUACUUCCCUCAGGGGCAUUUCGAUCAAGCCUCGUCCGUUCCACGCCACCUUUCUAAACUCCUUCGCUCCAAGUCUUUUAUUCUCUGUCGCAUAACCUCCGUCCAAUUCCUUGCCGAUCCUCUCACCGACGAGGUUUUUGCCAAACUCGUCCUCGUCCCUGUCUCUGAUUACUUCGCCGCGCCUUCCUCUGUUCCUCCAACCGCUGCCUCCGACGAUGACGUCGUCUCAUUUGCCAAGAUUCUCACGCCGUCCGACGCCAACAAUGGCGGCGGAUUCUCUGUUCCAAGAUUCUGCGCUGAUUCCAUCUUCCCGCCGCUCAACUUCCAGGACGACCCACCCGUUCAGAAUCUGUCUGUCACCGACGUUCACGGCGUCGCCUGGGAGUUCCGCCACAUCUACCGCGGCACUCCGCGGCGUCACCUGCUCACCACCGGCUGGAGCAAGUUCGUCAACAACAAGAAGCUCGUCGCCGGAGAUUCUGUCGUGUUCAUGAAGAACUCUAGGGGAGGGCUGUUCGUCGGGGUUCGCCGUGCCACGCGCUUCACUUCCGGAAAAGGAGGCGGCAACGUGGGUUCCAACUGGUCCUUGCAGAUUGGAGGGAUGGAAAACAGGGUCGAGGAGGAGGAGAAGGAAGAAGAAGAAGAGAAUUUGAGCGAGGUUUUUUCGAGGGACGGGAAGGGGAAACUGUCUACGAAGAAGGUGGCGGAGGCAGCGGAAUUGGCGGCGCUGAACAUGGCGUUUGAGGUUGUUUAUUAUCCUAAAGCUGGUUGGUCGGAGUUCGUGGUGAAUGAAGAAGCUGUGAACGAAGCAAUGAGUGUCGCGUGGGGUCCCGGAAUGAGAGUGAAAAUGGCUAUGGAGACCGAUGAUUCGUCCAGGAUGACAUGGUUUCAGGGUACGGUUUCAUGUGUCUCUGUUAACGAGAAUGGCCAAUGGCGAUACUCUCCUUGGCGCAUGCUUCAGAUUACAUGGGAUGAACCUGAAGUGUUGCAGAAUUCAAAGUGGGUCAGCCCUUGGCAGGUGGAACUUGUUUCCACCACUCCUGCACUUCAUUCAGCAUUCCCCUCUGCAAAAAGGUUUAGAUCUUCUCAGGGUUCUGAGGUGUUUACUGAUGGAGAGGGAGACCCCUUUUCCAUGACACGAUUCACUAACUCAGCAAUGUCACCCCUGAAUCAGACAUUGUUGAGUUAUGGUACUUUUCCUGCUGGCAUGCAGGGAGCCAGGCAUGAUCUAUUUUCUGCACCAAGUUUUUCCAACUUUCCAAGUGAUGCGUCUCGUCUGUGUAUGGGUAAUUCCUUGGGGAACAACAUGGUGCCAAGGCUGACAACAUUGCCAACAGAGCUAAAUGUUGGCAGUCCUCAAUCUGACAACUUGUCACCAAAUAGCAAUAGUAGUUUGCAUUCCUGUGCCACAGAAUUGGUUGGGAAUCACAACUGCAACUCAACAAAACCUGGGAAUCGCAGUUUUCCAAGUGAUACAUCUCGUCUGUGUAUGGGUAAUUCCCUUGGGAACAACACGGUGCCAAAGCUGACAUUAUCAACAGAGCUAAAUGUUGGUUGUUUUCAAUCUGAUGACUUGUCACCAAAUAGCAAUAGUAGUUUGCAUUCCUGUGCCACAGAAUUGGUUGGGAACCACAACUACAACUCAACAAAACCUAAAUCCGUAUCGAUUCAUCUAUUUGGUAACCUCAUUCAAAUUAACAGUGUUGAAUGUGAUCUGCAUGGUACUGGUCUCACUGGAGUCGAUAGCCGCAAGGGCUGCAAUGAAACUGAAGGCAUUAGCAACCCACUGGAUGAUUCUUUGGCUUGCUCUAAAUUGCCUGACAGGCUUGAUGACCAAUGCCAAAGCGCCUCAAAAGUUGGGACAUGGUACUUCUCAAAAUAGCUGUGACUAUGUCAUGCAUACAAGUAGCUGUACAGGUAUGCUUAUAGCUGAGUGAAUUGAAUUUCUCACCGGAAACAAAUCAAAUAAUAAAAUCAUCCAUCGAUGUUUUACUAACAAAUUUUAUACUGAAAAAAUGGAUUAUGUUAGCUCAAUGGUAUUUAUUGUUCUGUUUGUAAUCUUGUUUGAACUUUUGACUUUAUUUUUUAAGGAUUGUUCUAACCAAGUGCUACGUAGAUUUCAUCUCAUAUAUACUUAUGAAUUGGCUAAUUGACAACAUAGAUUUAGUUCUGUGAUAUAUUUAUGGUGCUUCAAUUUCUGGUUGAUUUUGAUCGACUUCAAUUAUAAUUUUUGUUAUAACUGAACUACCUUUAGCAUUUAUAAUUAUAAUUUUUGUUACAACUGAACUACCUAAAGUGAUAAUUUGUUUUUUAUUGCAAUACUGUAAAGUGGAAAACCGCAAUGUGAUUUCAUCCUACUUGUUUAGAUUAUGGCAUCACAUAAUCGAUGUUAUCGCAUCAUGGCAGCAGUUGAGUGAUCUAAAUUCCUUAGCAUUCUAAACAUGUUCGUUGUCUACCUGUUUGCUGACUGUCUGAGUUGAAAUAAGCUUUUAAUCCAUGUAGAACUAAGAUUGUCUUGUCUAAUUCCUUUUGUUUUUUGAGAAUAAUGCAUCUCACAGCCAAACUAAAUAUACCAUAUAUUGAAGACAAACUGACUGACUAAGUGAACUGCUGAACGUUUUGGUUGUGUGACUAUGAUUAUCCUCUUUGAAAUUUGCAUAAAUGCAAGAUAAUAAAUGAAUGCUUAUUUUGAUUAUUCAGUCCUUUGUUGGGGAGGAAGAAAGUUGCAGCUUCUUAUUGCAUGAAAUGAAAAGGCUAAAAAGGGGAAUUUGUAGUUCUCGCCUCUGAAGUAAGUGUCUUUAUAUUAUUGAACAUCUAAUACUCUGGUUACCUUUAUUUGUUGUUUGGUUCAAGAGCAUUCCAUGAUUAUGUGACUGAAAUUCAUGUUUCAAUUAACUUCUUGGUACUUUCAUGCAGGUACUUGACGCUGGUAGGAAGCUGACUCCCCUUUUAACGUUGUAUAUUUAGUAUGCUGGUUUUCCUUUGCUCGUGUUGUCGAAACUUGGAACAACGAAACUAACUACUUUUAUAGUUGGCCAAGUGAAUGAUGUUGAAGUCUUAUCAUUUUUUAUUAUUUCAGUGUUAGGAUUUGACUGUGGCGUGGAACAUUUGAUGGUGCUGUGGUAGUAUUAAUGCAUAUUUGCGGUUUGAAAUU